CCCUCCGAGGGCAUGGAACGAGCUGUUUUUUGCGACUCAAACAACCUGUGCGGGCUUUUUUUUUUUUUUUUGUCCCCGUCGUGUAGAUUUUUCAUUGGUCGACCAAACAAUUUUCUAGUUUCGACGUGGUUAGGUCGUCCCGACCCGGGUGUCCUUUUUAUUCGGAAGCUAGCGGUCGCCAAUCGAGUGAUUCGCGGAGUCGAUUUGAAGAGUCGCUCGCCAAGCUCGCUUCGUCCGCGACGUGCUCGCCGCCGCUGGUCGUGCGCGCUCACGUCCACGCUCGCUCCUUUUUCGCUGUGGUGACGCCAAGCAAGACACCGACCGCGAGGCUUUACGCUCCCCUCGGGUCUUGUCGGCUCUAGGCUUUUGGCUGCGGGGGUCGGCAUGGACAAGAUGUCCCGAGUGCACGCGAGCUCACUGAAUGCAACUUUUGUGCCCGCCGCGGUGGCUGCGCACGGAGUCCUCAAGUCGCUGCUGGAGAACCCCGUCAAGCUCCCCAGCAGGCACCACCAUGACGUGUUUGUCAAAGAUCACGACAAGGAGAACAAGCUGAACGAGGAGUGCAGCGCCCCGCAGUCGGCCUUCCUGGGGCCCACCUUGUGGGACAAGACGCUGCCCUAUGAUGGCGAUAGCUUCCAGCUGGAGUACAUGGACCUGGAGGAGUUCCUGUCCGAGAACGGCAUCCCCUCCAGCCCCGCGCAGCAUCAGCAGCAGCACCAUGUCCCUCUGCCGGCCCCGCCCACUCCCAUCAGGGCCCCGCCGCCGCCGCCCUCUGUGAUGGACCUCAGCAACCACACCUCCACCUCCGUUCACAACGCAUCGCCUGCUUGUCUGCUCAGAAACCCCAACAGGCCAGGGCUCCCGAACUUCAGAAACACCCCGAGUCCGAUCGACCCGGAGUCCAUCCAGGUUCCGGUGGGCUAUGAGCCGGACCCGGCAGACCUGGCGCUGUCCAGCGUACCGGGCCAGGAAAUGUUCGACCCGCGCAAAUGCAAAUUCUCGGCCGAGGAGCUGAAACCGCAGCCCAUGAUCAAGAAGGCUCGCAAGGUCUUCAUCCCCGAAGAUCUGAAGCAGGACGACAAAUACUGGGCCCGGCGCAGGAAGAACAACAUGGCGGCCAAGCGCUCACGUGAUGCCCGGCGCCUGAAGGAGAACCAGAUCGCCAUCCGGGCCGGCUUCCUGGAAAAGGAGAACUUGGCACUCAGGCAGGAAGUGGGCGAGCUGCACAAAGAGCUGAGACGCACCAAGAGCAUCCUGGCCAAGUACGAGGCACAGCAUGGAGGCUUGUGAGGGCCCUACGCAUGCGCACGCACACACGCACACAGACACACACACACACACACACCUCCACUCCACAGUCCGAUUGGCUGGACUUGCUUGCAGGUGAAGCAGCAAGCGGUGCGUCGGCCCUCUUGGAAUGGCUGUUUCGGGUUAACUCACUCGUACGUGCCUGAAAAUGCGCCGAUUUUGGCAAUUGUAUUUUCGGGGGUCCCAAAAACUCACUCUGUGGCACCGCCUCAUAAUUUGGAGGAAAAAAAAAAAUUGAGCAGCGCCCGCUCAUUUACCCAAUCACCGACCGGCCGCCCAUUUUUGACCCACCGACAUGAAAUUGGGUUGCCAGUCAUGACAGGAUGCACAGAAAUGUGUUGAGCACACAGCAAGUCAGCCAUUUUGGUUUGAAAGCGGACACAUUCAGCGACUUCUCGGUCUUUCCCCAUUUCCUCUUUGUCGGGUGUUGGCCACACUUUUGCUCCGCCUGAGUGAGUCGAGCCAAUGAGAGGCCACAUUGUCUUUGCUGUACCUCCGUUCCCAGCAUGCACCUGCGCCACGUACAUACCCGGUAUGUGCACAGGUAAUGUAACGUGUGUGCACUUUUUGUCUUUUGCUAUCUUCUCAGCAGUAUUUUAUACCACAAAAUGAGUUGUGCGUGUAUGUAUGUGUGUGUAUACAUGAAUAUAUACACACACACAUAUAGAGCAGAAAAUGCCAAAACAAACA